UUUGGGUCUUCAAAAGCUUCCGGCUUUUUCAGUCUUGUGGCUUCCCAUUUUCUAGGGUGUGCUCACGGGCUCCCUCUGGUUCUUCAUAGAGUGAUAAAAGCAAAUAGGAUUGAAUAUGAAACUCUUCAAUGGCUGCUUCUGCGCUGAAGAUGAAGUUCGCAUUCUCUAAGAAUCCCUCUGGGGGGACAGUUUGUGGCACUUUGAUGUGACCCCCAGAACUGUACACAUUAUGCUCAUCAUGCCGAAUCAUGACACCCCAAGUGAAGACAACAUUUGUGCCACCUUAGCUGAGGAAGGAAGUAUGACGGUGAUGCCUAAAAAUCAACAAUCGGACACAGUGAGACUGAGGCCCAGCGCCAGCCACGGGGAGAGGGUGCAGCAUGAGGCCCCCAGAAAGAUGGAGAAGCAGCUGCAGAAGGACGAGCAGGUCUCCUGGGCCACGCGCCGCCUGCCGCUGCUGGGUGUGGGAGAAUCUGGCAAAAGCACCACUGUGAAGCAAAUGAGGAUCCUGCCUGUUAAUGGGGUUAAUGGAGAGGGCAGCGAAGAGGACCCGCAGGCUGCAAGGAGCAACCGCGAAGGAAUAUAUUACCCCAGAUGAUGGCUGCAGCUUCUCAUCUUCCCAGCUAUGUUCUGUCACACCUUGCAUGCUGGAAUUACCCCAUCUUAGAAACUUCUAAUAAGAACUAUUCUGUUUUGGGGACAGGGGGAUGGGACCCUGCCACCAAACUUCUAAAGGUAACUGAAAAAAACAAAACAAAAGAAAAAAAACCCUUAUAAAACACACACACACACAAAAAAACCCCAAAAGUGAAAUUCCUAACUGGCAAAAAUGUAGUGUACUGAACAAAAACAACCAUCUUCGUAACGUGAUUGACAGCUUACUGUACCAAAAGGGGGCAUUUAAGAAAUAUGACAAGUCCUUAUUGAACAACCUACUGUGUGCUAGAUGCUAAACCCUUGAGCCCUAACAACUUGCCUGCACAUCUGUGAAUCUGUUGUACAAGUAAAUAUAAGUAUGUAUAUCAACAUACGUGAUAAAUAAAAAUUCUCUGCAUGUCUCAGC